AUGGGACCGUUGUAUUGGGAUCUGUACCUGCUCGGCACUCUGGUGUUGUGGCAAGAGUCAGAGAGGUGUCUCCCUCUGUACAGGCACCGCGAGGUGCUGGCAUCAAAGCGCUUAUCUCCUGAACUCAGCAAGGUCCUUAAUAAUGUUGUGAAGAUGGUCAGCUUCAUAAAGGCAAAUGCUACCAACUCUUGCAUUUCUGCUGCCUUUUUGAUAUGUUCCCCCUAUUCUCAAUUCAUUUUGCGUACUUGGAUGUAGGCUAUAUGCCCAUCAUGGAAAGAGAGAUGAGAUGAUCCGGUGACGCUCGUAUUUAGAAACAUUUACCUUUUUUCCCCCUGUAUCAAUUGCUUGUUUUCCAUUUUGUUUGAAAAAAAAAGAAAACAAGCCCUUAUAGGCUUCCCCUGCCCUACUAUAACAAAAGCUGGCUCAACAGCAAUGCGUCUGGUGUCUUUCUUAUCCAGGAAUAUGCAUUAGCCAAGUAGCCUAUCCAUAAAAGGUUUCAAAAUGGUGUACUUGUGAGGCUUUUGCCAUCAUGCUUUUGCAUUAUUCACAAUUCACAUAGGCCUACCUGCAGUGAAUAAGCUGCUCCAUUCGGCUUGUAUCCAUCCCCAUUUUUACAAAAGACGUGUUUCUCCAAACAGUAUUCAGUCGUAUACCACCAUAUCAACGGUAGGCCUAGGCUAUAUCUUGCUAAUUGAGAACGACGUGCCUCACACACACACACAAUACAAUUUACGGGAGCCUAGGACUUUUUAUUUGACGAGAAGUGCGUUUGUUAAAAUAGAGUCCUUUAGUGGAAUUUCCUCAUCCCAUCCUGAAGAAAGAUAAGCGAAACAAUCCCCUUACUCCAUCCUCGCUGAAAUUUUCCCCGGGACACUUUUUCCAUAGGCGGAAACCAGCUUCUCUCAGAAGUACAAAGGCAUCCAUUUUGGGAAGAUGACAUGGGAGCGAGGUGAGGUGAAGGUGGUGGAGGGCCUUGGACCUGGGCAAUAUGAGCCUGAAGAGUGAGUCCCGUCCGCCUCUCCUCACACUCAACACUUCACUUCUACUAAACAAACACACCUAGCCUAGGCUACUCCAGUCCAGUGACUCUGGUCCAUAGGAACAUGUUGGUCACACAUCUAUAGGCAAUCGGUACAAGAGGCUAAAAUUCCCUGAAAUGUGCAUCUGUUUUCCUCUUUAUCGAUUCCACUCAGGCCAAAUGACAGCACGGAUAUACACUCCACUAUCCAGUCAUUUGUACCUCCAAAGUAAUAUUAAAGUGUUUAACAUUGUCUACAAGGCACUUCCUGACAGUAUUGAUGGUGAGUAAGGAGGAGUCUUACUAAGCCCUUUUAGGAUAUUAUGGGCAUGCUCCCAACAUAGUUAUUUGAAAGGCAAUUUCAGCUCAAUAGUAGGGAGGGCACCUGCAUCCCCCAGCCAUCACUCUCCUCAAUUGAGCUUGAUUUGGACUUGUAUAUCACUCCUCCCCGCCCUCUCCCAUGCCUUGAUAUAUGUGAUUAACCGGGUCAUAUGGAGAUGAUUGACAGGGGAAAUAAAUCUUCCCCCACUCCUAAGAGCUUCAGUGUUGUGGACAAAUAGACUUCCCCUUUCCUCCCCCAUCCCAUGUUCCUGUGCAGGGAUUCCACGGCAGAGUACGAGAAGGUCAAUAUGAGGAAGAAGCAGAAGAGCCGGGCCGAGUCAUCCCGCACUACCAUUAGAUUGUCACCUUGCAAGAAGAGAAGACGGUAACUCCUUAGUGAUGUGUCCAUACCAGUGAUGCCUCGUUGUACAGUAACAACCCCAGUCAUAAUCAGUACAGUGACACUUCUCUCUUGACCUCUUACAUAGAUAGAGCUACUAGAAAUGCUACAGUUUCCUUAAAGCUAGAGAAGGCCAAACUAGCUAGUAUGGUUAGUAUGGAGUAUGGUUCACGACUUGACUAGACUAGAGUGACAUAGAAGCAGAGCUAUGCAGGUUUGAAUGCACUGGAUUGAGAGUGAGAGUGUGUUGACAAAGAGAGAAACGGGGGGAACACUAGUGGUGUGCUUUCUGCUCUACUGGCAGCCCUGAGGCUAAAGUGGCCUCAGGGAGGGAGGGAAAGAGGGAGGGAGAGAGGGAACAAGGGAUGGAGGUAGAGAGAGACCAAGAGAGAGCGAGAGAGAGCGAGCACUCCCAACUCUCUCCUAGAGAGACAGGAAGUCAACUCUGUGCGAAUCUAGGAGCCUUGGAAGGGGUCUAUGAGUCUGUUCUAUCCAUCGCUGCUGAAAAGGAAACUGCUCUCUCUCAUCAAACAUAGGAGCAGGUCUCCAACAGCAGCACUAAUCGGGAACUGGAGGUUUGGAGUGUUAUUGUUCUCUUCAAGGUCAUAAAAAUACCUUUUUCAAUCUCCAAUGGAAAAUUCUUUGUGCUCCCGUUCCCAAGAAUGGCUACGUGGUCCCAUGAUUUUUCACCGAAAUGUCUCCAGCCUUUCUGUUUUUCCUUUCCUUUCUUUCUUGUGAAAUGCUUAUUGCAUGUGUGAUAUUGUGGUGGUCUAAUAUCUUUAUGACUCCUCUCACCGUUAUAUCUUGUACCACUAGAGGGCCUUCAAGCUUAACAUUUGGACAGAGCCUGCUAGUUUGAUAAGUAGAACGCAGUUACUCACCUGCAAACUAACUUGAAUGCACAGAUGUGGUAGAGAUGUUGGUUGCUUGAUUUCUUCAUUUAGUAAAGUGCUCUAAUGAGAAACGUGAUUUACGGAAGAGGUGUGUUUUACCUUUACACCUCCCUUCCAUGAGCAGGACUACCGAAAUGAUACUUUAAAGUAUUUGUUACAUUUACACAUUUAUUAAAACUUUACACAUUUGUAUAUUUAUAAUCUCUCAUAUAUAUAUAUAUAUAUAUAUAUACACACACUGAACAAAAAUAUAAAUGCAACAUGUAAAGUGUUGGUCCCAUGUUCCAUGAGCUGAAAUAAAAGUUCCCAGAAAUGUUCCAUAUGCACAUAAAGCUUAUUUCUCUCAAAUGUUGUGCACCAAUUUGUUUACAUCCCUGUUAGUGAACAUUUCUAUUUUGCCAAUAUAAUUCAUCUACCUAACAGGUGUGGCAUAUCAAGAAGCUGAUUAAACAGCUUGAUAUAAAUGGCGCUGGAGGAGAUGGCUGCCGUUUCACAGCCCUCUAAUCAAUUGUGCUACUAUGUGUGUUUUUUCGCGUUAUUUGUAAUUUAUUCUGUACAUAAUGUUUCUGCCACCAUCUCUUAUGACCAAAAAGAGCUUCAGGAUAUCAGGACAGCGAUUACUCACCUCGUAUUGGAUGAAGAUUUUUCUUCAACGAGUCGGACGCGAAGGAUAUUCUACAAACACCCGACAAGGCCCAAAUCCCGAUCAUUCGCAUGAGAGAGAGACAGCUAUAUCGUGGGACGUAGGUCGGGGUGCCUUGAGAGGAUUCGACGGCGAGCGAGUAAGCUGCCUCUUCCAUCAAUCCUUUUUGCCAACGUACAAUCAUUUGAAAACUAAAUGGACGACUGUUACGGAUACAGGUAUCCUGUAUGUGUAUUUGUUUUUCCUCUCCUUCUGCCCUAAUCACAGGUGUCCCUUGUUUUCCUGAUUGGUGGUCGUUGGUGUGUCCCACCUGUCCGACAUCCAUUUGUCUGCUGAUUGCUGAGGUGGACCAAUCAGUGGACACUCCUCCGUAUUGCACCACCUGUUUCUGGUUUUUCAUUACCAUAUCACAUCACACAUCCCCUGGUUUUAAAAGCCAGUCAGUUGUGUUUUCUGACCAAGACUCUUUUUUUUGUGAUGUGUAAUGUGGUGUCUUGUUUUUGUGUACUCACUCGUUUGCUGUUUAGUCCAUAUGGUACCUAUGUUGUUUGUUUGUGCCUGGGAAAAGGGGGGUUUAGCAAGUCGCCCUUGGGCAUACACUACCCGUAGGAAAACCUUGUCUAAACACCCACUGUAUUUUUGUAUGGUUAGCAGUAAGCUUAGCGGUUCUUGAGGCAGGCAAGAUCAGUUUAGGGUUUUUUGACUUUAUUGUUUCAUUCCUUGGGUCCAGCUCAGCCCCUUUUCCCCGAACCGUGUACUGGGUGUUUAUAAUAAACAUUUUGUGUUUGACGGUAGCAUACGGUUGUCGGUGUAUUUUGUUCUCACUGUUCCUUGUCAAUAUUCUAAUUCGCGUGAGUUGUCUCUCUUUUCCAUCCCCCCUAGACUUUUAAAGCCACAGGGUUUGUAACAACAACCUAAUAUCAAGAAUAUCCUACCAACGGGACAUUAAAAACUGUAAUAUCUUAUGUUUCACCGAGUCUUGGCUGAACGACGACAUGGAUAACAUACAGCUGGCGGGACAUACGCUACAUCGACAGGAUAGAACGACUCCGGUUAGACAAGGUGUGGCGGUCUGUGUAUAUUUGUAAACAACAGCUGGUGCAUAAAAUCUAAUACGAAGGAAGUCUCGAGGUUUUGCUUGCCUGAGGUAGAGUAGCUCAUGAUAAGCUGUAGACCACACUAUUUGCACCAGUGACUCGGUUAAUAAGGAAGUGAUCAGAUGACGCAGAUGCUACGCUACAGGACUGUUUUGCUAGCACAGACUGGAAUAUGUUAUUCCGAUGGCAUUGAGGAGUACACCACAUCAGUCACUGGCUUCAUCAAUAAGUGCGUCGAUGACGUAGUCCCCACAGUGACCGUUCGUACAUACCCCAACAAGAAGCCAUGGAUUACAGGCAACAUCCGCACUGAGCUAAAAGGUAGAGCUGCCGCUUUUAAGGAGCGGGACUCUAACCCGUACACUUAUAAGAAAUCCCGCUAUGCCCUCUGACGAACCAUCAAACAGGAAAGAGUCAAUACAGGACUAAGAUUGAAUCGUACUACACCGGCUCUGACGCUCGUCAGAUGUGGCAGGGCAUGCAAACUAUUACAGACUAGGAAAGCACAGCCGCGAGCUGCCCAGUGACACGAGUCUACCAGAAGAGAUAAAUCACUUCUACGCUCGCUUCGAGGCAAGCAACACUGAAGCAUGCAUUUGAGUAUCAGCUGUUCCGGAUGACUAUGUGAUCACGCUCUCCGUAGCCGGUGUAAGACUUUCAAGCUGGUCAACAUUCACAUUCUUCCUACUGUUAUUUUAUUUUACUGCAGCUCUUUAAUUAUUUGCUAUUUUUAUUUUUUAUUUUCUAUUUUUUACUUUUCUUAAAACUGCAUUGUUGGUUAAGGGCUUGUAAGUAAGCAUUUCACUGUAAGGUCUACACCUGUUGUAUUCGGCGCAUGUGGCAAAUAACAUUUGAUUUGAUUUGACAAGGCCGCAGGGCCAGACGGAUUACCAGGAAGUGUCAUCACUGUCAUUUUCAACAUGUCCCUGACUGAGUCUGUAAUACCAACAUGUUUCAAGCAGACCACCAUAGUCCCUGUGCCCAAGAACACUAAGAUAACCUGCCUAAAUGACUACUGACCCGUAGCACUCAUGUCUGUAGCCAUGAAGUGCUUUGAAAGGCUGGUCAUGGCUCACAUAAACACCAUUAUCCCAGAAACCCUAGACCCACACCAAUUUGCAUACCGCCCCAACAGAUCCACAGAUGAUGCAAUCUCUAUUGCACUCCACACUGCCCUUUCCCAGCCGGACAAGAGGAACACCUACGUGAGAACGCUAUUCAUUGACUACAGCUCAGCGUUCAACACCAUAGUGCCCUCAAAGCUCAUCACUAAGCUAAGGACCCUGGGACUAAACACCUCCCUCUGCAACUGGAUCCUGGACUUCCUGACGGGCCACCCCCAGGUGGUAAGGGUAGGUAACAACACAUUUGCCACACUGAUCCUCAACACGGGGGCCUCUCAGGGGUGCGUGCUCAGUCCCCUCCUGUACUCCCUGUUCACCCAUGACUGCAUGGCCAGGCACGACUCCAACACCAUCAUUAAGUUUGCCGAUGACACAACAGCGGUAGGCCUUAUCACCGACAACAAUGAGGCAGCCUAUAGGGAGGAGGUCAGAGACCUGGCCGUGUGGUGUCAGGAUAACAACCUCUCCCUCAAUGUGAUCAAGACAAAGGAGAUGAUUGUGGACUACAGGAAAAAAAAGAGGACUGAGCACGCCUCCAUUCUCAUCGACGGGGCUGUAGUGGAACAGGUUGAGAGCUUCAAGUUCCUUGGUGUCCACAUCACCAACAAACUAUCAUGGUCCAAACACACCAAGACAGUCGUGAAGAGGGCACGACAAAGCCUAUUCCCCCUCAGGAGACUGAGAAGAUUUGGCAUGGGUCCUCAGAUCCUCAAAAAGUUAUACAGCUGCACCAUCGAGAGCAUCCUGACCUGUUGCAUCACCGCCUGGUAUGGCAACUGCUCGGCCUACAGAGGGUAGUGCAUACGGCCCAGUACAUCACUGGGGCCAAGCUUCCUGCCAUCCAGGACCUCUAUACUAGGCGGUUUUAGAGGAAGGCCCUAAAAAUUGUCAAAGACUCCAGCCACCCUAGACAUAGACUGUUCUCUCUGCUAUCGCACGGCAAGCGGUACCGGAGCGCCAAGUCUAGGUCCAAAAGGCUUCUUAACAGCUUCUACCCCCAAGCCAUAAGACUCCUGAACAGCUAAUCAUGGCUACAGCUAAUUAUCGCUACCCGGACUAUUUGUAUUAAAAGGCCACUCUAAAAUGUGCAGUUUUGUGACACAACACAAUGACACAGAUGUCUCAAGUUUUGAAGGAGCUUUCAAUUGGCAGGCUGACUGCAGGAAUGUCCACCAGAGCUGUUGCCAGAGAAUUUAAUGUUUUAAUUUCUCAACUGUAAAAUCUUGUUUUAGAGAAUAGUCCAACCGAACUCACAACCACGCCAGGCCAGGACCUCCACACCCGGCUUCUUCACCUGCGGGAUCAUCUGAGACCAGCCACCCGGACAGCUGAAGAAACUAUGGGUUUGUACAAUAGAAUAAUUUCUGCAAAAACUGCUAGAAACCGUCUCAGGGAAGCUCAUCUGCGUGCUCGUCGUCCUCACUGGGGUUUUGACCUGACUGGAGUUCGGCGUCAUAACCGACUUCAGUGGGCAAAUGCUCACCUUCGAUGGCCACUGGCACGCUGGAGAAGUGUGCUCUUAACGGAUGGCAGACAGCAUGUAUGGCGUUGUGUGGACGAGCGGUUUGCUGAUGUCAACGUUGUCAACAGAAUGCCCCAUGGUGGCGGUGGGUCUAUUGUAUGGGCAGGUAUAAGCUAGGGACAACAAACACAAUUGCAUUUUAUCGAUCGCAAUUUGAAUGCACAGAGAUACCAUGACGAGAUCCUGUGGCCCAUUGUUGUGCCAUUCAUCCGCCACCUUCACCUCAUGUUUCAGCAUGAUAAUGCAUGGCCCUAUGUCACAAGGAUCUGUACACAAUUCCUGUAAGCUGAAAAUGUCCCAGUUCUUCCAUGGCCUGCAUACACAGUUGACAUGUCACCCAUUCAGCACUUUUAGAAUGCUCUGGAUCGACGUGUACGACAGCGUGUUCCAGCUCCCACCAAUAUCUAGCAACUUCGCACUGCCAUUGAAGAGGAGUGGGACAACAUUACACAGGCAACAAAUCAACAGCCUGAUCAACUCUAUGCGAAGGAGAUGUGUCUCUCUGCAGAUACAUUUGGGGGUCACACAAAUGGUGGUCACACUAGAUACUGACUGGUUUUCUGAUCCCACACCCCUACCUUUUUUUUAAGGUAUCUGUGACCAACAGAUGCAUAUCUGUAUUCCCAGGCAUGUGAAAUCCAUAGAUUAGGGCCUAAUGAAUUAAUUUCAGUUGACUGAUUUCCUUAUAUGAACUGUAACUCAGUAAAGUCUUUGAAAUUGUUGCAUGUUGCAUUUAUAUUUUUGUUCAGUUGUUCAUUAUUAUUAUUACAGUUAAAUAACACAGAUGACAAUAGAAUUAGUACAUCCAAGACAGUACAAACAGUUCAAGUUGACUCCCUCUCAACGGUCCAGCUACACCACGCGUGAAAUCCACAUCCGUGAGACUUGCAUGAUAUGGAGUUUAUAGGGUCCUACUGUAGUCAAUUGUACCUGCUACAUGGUAGUAUACGUUGCUCUGCUGUAGCAGCAAUUACAAUUAGGUUUGUAGGAAAUGUUUCUCUGAUCCAAGUGCGUAAACACCAUACAAAGUGCCUGAAAUAAUUGGUAUAAUCAUUUUUUGACACUUAAAAACAUAUUGGCUGAAUCUCAAACCGAACACUUUGUGCACUCGAUCACUCGAUAUGUGCAUUCACAAGUCAAUCGAGUCAAUCUCAAAAGCUACUUGUUGAGUCAUUGAGGGCUCCACUUUUGAAGCCUCUUUAUCAAGUGGGCAUCCUAUGCCGACUUGGCGCCCUUGGCAGCAACUUCUUCCCAUGAAUCUUAGAAUGUUACCUAGCAACAACAGUCACUACUACGUCACCCUCAAAUAUAGUCAGAAUAAAUCAUGAAAUCUGUAAUUCGUUUUGAAAUGUAAUUUCGAAGUGGUCUUAGUCGCACAAUUUUAGAUCUAGCUAAGGAGUUUAGUGUAUUUCUGAAGUUUUAUCAUGUACACAAAACAUUAUUAACUUGCUAGCUGAGCCUGAGCCAGUCACUUCAUAUGCAAUGAAAGAUAAGUUAAUUAAUCAGCUGGUGCAACACUAAAUGCAAUGCUCCUUCCAUAAGCUAGUUAGCUAGCUACUGUAGUAACAUUAUUUUAUCUCAAUGAACAAGCCUACAACUUCAUCAGAAAGCUGUCAAACUAUCGUAAAUAAGUGACAAGCUACAUGCUGUCUAUAGGUGCAGUGCCCAACAUACUUAGCUAGCGCUAGCUAAAAUUCAGUCUCUGUGCUUGUCAGUGAAGCUAGCUAGCAGCAGGCAGGCGCAGGCUACGCCAAGCUAAAACCAGCUGAUGAAAUCACUGGUGACCGAUAUACUUGCACAUAUUUUGUGCAGGAGUAGAGUAGUUUUUACAACUUUCUCACUGUCUAUCAGAGUACGCGUCUGUGUGUGGCCCAGUUCCCGUGUUUCAUAGCGAGUGAGUCAUGCACAAGACAGGUCGUGGGAGACAACGCACAUAAAUUGAUUUUGCAUUUUGGAACAUUGAUAAGCUGGGCCGUUGAGUGCGCAUCAUCUCAAUGCUCAUUUUGACACACACUUUCAGACUCCAGUGAUCACUAUCAAACACAACAGCAAGUGGCCACUCGAUAAAGGGCUUAGUGUUCGGUUUAAGAUUCAGCCAUUCGCUCAGCUUCAUAGUAUGAAAAUGUAAUAGAAACAUUAAUAAUAGUAGUAGGCUACAUCAAUACUACAGUUUCUUCAGAAAGUAUUCACACCCCUUGACUUUUUCCAAAUUUUGUUGUGUUACAGCCUAAAUUUAAAAUGGAUUAAUUCUAUACUUUUCUUUCACUGGCCUACACACAAUAGCCCAUAAUGUCAAAGUGGAAUUGUAUUUUCGAAAUUAUUACAAAUUAAUAAAAAAUUAAAAGUUAAAAUGUCUUGAGUCAAUAAGUAUUCAACCCCUUUGUUAUGGCAAGCCUAAAUAAGUUUAUAUUUGCAUAACAAGUUACAUGGAAUCUGCAAUAAUAGUGUAUAAAUCCCCCUAAGGUCGAUGUCCGCGCCCCCGUAGAAAUCAAAUGAGCAUAAUGAAAAAAUCCCCAUCAAAAUCUGUCAAUUUAAGCUAGAUAUUGGGUCUCAAUCUACGACAUGCGCCUAUGUAACACUUCCGCAUCUGCGGUGAAAGGUGACAGAGGUAGAGCAGUGUUUGUCAGAUCAUGAGACAUCCCGAAAAUCAGUAUUCUCACAAAAUUGUCUGUAGAGUCUGAACAGUAUGACCCCUCUGUGGAGAGAUGAGACUCUCACGAACACAAUGGUGUUCUCCGUUUUGCUCUGCGACCCCCACAAGCAUCUUGAGACUCGUCUGAAAUGGUUACAGCCGAUCUGACAACUUCUAUCUGUAGCGUCCGAACAUUUUCACCCCUCUGUGUAAAGGUGAGACUCUAGGAUGCCUACAGGCCUCCCAAGACUCAUCUGAAGGUCCCCCGGACACUGUUUAUUGACAAAAAUAAGGGGUUAAAUACAGGUAUCACUCAGAUAUAGGACAGACACUUCAGAAUGUUUUUCCUUUAAAAACAUUGGGGGACAAUCUGUUGUUCCAUGUAGGGAAUCUGAUAUUAAAUGGAUUUGUAUGGGCUAAUAACAGCAAGGCCAAAAAUAAUUGUUCAUCAAAUAAUUUCUUAAAAUAUUUUUUUUUAUACUUCAAGGGGCCUUAAAACUAAAGUUAAUUUAUCAAAAUUAUCCUUGGUAUGACCUUCUUAAAACAAUUCAAUAUCGCUUAGUGGUACCUCCCCCGGCUUAGACAGGGCUUAGACUCUUAUGGGAUAAUAUAAUUUUUGAACGUCUACCUCAUCUUUGUACCCUACACAUACAAUUAUCUGUAAGGUCCCUAAGUCGAGCAGUGAAUUUCAAACUCAGAUUCAACAACAAAGACUAGGGAGGUUUUCCAAUGCCUCGUAAAGAAGGGCACCUAUUGACAGAUGGGAAAAAACAACAACAAAAAACAGACAUUGAAUAUCCCUUUAAACAUGGUGAAGUUAUUAAUUACACUUUGGGUGGUGUACCAAUACACCCAGUCACUGCAAAGAUACAGGCGCCCUUCCUAACUCAGUUGCCGGAGAGGAUAGAAACCGCUCAAGGAUUUCACCAUGAGGCCAAGGGUGACUUUUAAACAGUUAGAGAGUUGAAUGGCUGUGAUAGGAGAAAACUGAGGAUGGAUCAACAACAUUGUAGUUCCUCCACAAUACUAACGUAAUUGACAGAGGGCAAAGAAGGAAACCUGUACAGAAUAAAAAUAUUCAAAAACAUGCAUCCUGUUUGCAAAAAAAAAAAAAGUAUUUGAUCCCCUGCUGAUUUUGUACGUUUGCCCACUGACAAAGAAAUGAUCAGUCUAUAAUUUUAAUGGUAGGUUUAUUUGAACAGUGAGAGACAGAAUAACAAAAAAAAAUCCAAACGCAUGUCAAAAAUGUUAUAAAUUGAUUUGCAUUUUAAUGAGGGAAAUAAAUAUUUGACCCCCUCUCAAUCAGAAAGAUUUCUGUCUCCCAGGUGUCUUUUAUACAGGUAACGAUCUGAGAUUAGGAGCACACUCUUAAAGGGAGUGCUCCUAAUCUCAUCUUGUUAUCUGUAUAAAAGACACCUGUCCAAAGAAGCAAUCAAUCAAUCAGAUUCCAAACUCUCCACCAUGGCCAAGACCAAAGAGCUCUCCAAGGAUGUCAGGGACAAGAUUGUAGACCUACACAAGGCUGGAAUGGGCUACAAGGCCAUCGCCAAGCAGCUUGGUGAGAAGGUGACAACAGUUGGUGUGAUUAUUCGCAAAUGGAAGAAACACAAAAGAACUGUCAAUCUCCCUCGGCCUGGGGCUCCAUGCAAGAUCUCACCUCGUGGAGUUGCAAUGAUCAUGAGAACGGUGAGGAAUCAGCCCAGAACUACACGGGAGGAUCUUGUCAAUGAUCUCAAGGCAGCUGGGACCAUAGUCAACAAGAAAACAAUUGGUAACACGCUACGCCGUGAAGGACUGAAAUCCUGCAGCGCCCAAAAUGUCCCCCAGCUCAAGAAAGCACAUAUACAUGCCCGUCUGAAGUUUGCCAAUGAACAUCUGAAUGAUUCAGAGGAGAACUGGGUGAAAGUGUUGUGGUCAAAUGAGACCAAAAUUUAGCUAUUUGGCAUCAACUCAACUCACCGUGUUUGGAGGAGGAGGAAUGCUGCCUAUGACCCCAAGAACACCAUCCCACCAUCAAACAGGGAGGUGGAAACAUUAUGCUAAGGGGAUGUUUUUCUGCUAAGGGGACAGGACAACUUCACCGCAUCAAAGGGACGAUGGACGGGGCCAUGUACCGUCAAAUCUUGGGUGAGAACCUUCUUCCCUCAGCCAGGGCAUUGAAAAUGGGUCGUGGAUGGGUAUUCCAGCAUGACAAUGACCCAAACACACGGCCAAGGCAACAAAGGAGUGGCUCAAGAAAAAGCACAUUAAUGUCCUGGAGUGGAGUAGCCAGUCUCCAGACCUUAAUCCCAUAGAAAAUCUGUGGAGGGAGCUGAAGGUUCGAGUUGCCAAAUGUCAGCCUCGAAACCUUAAUGACUUGGAGAAGCUCUGCAAAGAGGAGUGGGACAAAAUCCCUCCUGAGAUGUGUGCAAACCUGGUGGCCAACUACAAGAAACAUCUGACCUCUGUGAUUGCCAACAAGGGUUUUGCCACCAAGUACUAAGUCAUGUUUUGCAGAGGGGUCAAAUACUUAUUUCCCUCAUUAAAAUUCAAAUCAUUUAUAACAUUUUUGACAUGUGUUUUUCUGGAUUUCUUUGUUGUUAUUCUGUCUCUCACUGUUCAAAUAAACCUAUCAUUAAAAUUAUAGACUGAUUAUGUCUUUGUCAGUGGGCAAACGUAAAAAAUCAGCGGGGAAUCAAAUACUUUUUCCCCUCACUGUACGAACACUGAUUGUCUAUGAAGCUGCACUUCAGAAGAACUCUUUUGCAUCAUGCUGAUAGCUAGACUCAAAUAAACUGUUGACAGAUGUCUUAACACUCUCCCAGUCUCCUCACACACACAGACACGCACACAGACACGCACACAGACACAGACACAGACACAGACACACACACACACACACACACACACACACAAACACACACUCCUCCCAACAAUCUCCCAACUACCUUCACACUGGGGUACAAAACAGCUCCACCUGCAUAUAACAUAUUGUAGAGUGUCUGAUGAGAGAUACACAGGUUAGAUCUGACGGAUGGUUCAAAUAGAUGGUCUCCCUUUUGGACUGUACCGAGCGGGAGUUAGUGCAAGUUAUUUAGAGGGAGUUAGCGGGAGUAAGUUAGUGAGAGUUAGCAGACGUUAGAAGCUCUGACCUGAUUUCUCUGGCCUCACGCUGCGUUAGCGCGCCGCUUUGCCCUGUGAAGUCAACUCUCUACGGCUCUCAGCUAGGAUGCUCGGCCUCUCUGAUCCUCAUCUUCCUGGCCCCGCGCAGCCCACGCCAUCUGACACUCAUCCAGAAGAAGGAGGGUGGAUGAGAGGAGCAGCUGGAGCCCUCUCCCCUCCUCUGUCAUUCAGACACCUUCAGUAGCCUUGUGUUGGUGCUGCAGCCCUCAGCCUCAAUUCCCCCCCAGUACAUACAGUGGGGAGAACAAGUAUUUGAUACACUGCCGAUUUUGCAGGUUUUCCUACUUACAAAGGAUGUAGAGGUCUGUAAUUUUUAUCAUAGGUACACUUCAACUGUGAGAGAUAGAAUCUAAAACAAAAAUCCAGAAAAUCACAUUGUAUGAUUUUUAAGUAAUUAAUUUGCAUUUUAUUGCAUGACAUAAGUAUUUGAUACAUCAGAAAAGCAGAACUUAAUAUUUGGUACAGAAACCUUUGUUUGCAAUUACAGAGAUCAUACGUUUCCUGUAGGUCUUGACCAGGUUUGCACACACUGCAGCAGGGAUUUUGGCCCACUCCUCCAUACAGACCUUCUCCAGAUCCUUCAGGUUUCGGGGCUGUCGCUGGGCAAUACGGACUUUCAGCUCCCUCCAAAGAUUUUCUAUUGGGUUCAGGUCUGGAGACUGGCUAGGCCACUCCAGGACCUUGAGAUGCUUCUUACGGAGCCACUCCUUAGUUGCCCUGGCUGUGUGUUUCGGGUUGUUGUCAUGCUGGAAGACCCAGCCACGACCAAUCUUCAAUGCUCUUACUGAGGGAAGGAGGUUGUUGGCCAAGAUCUCGCGAUACAUGGCCCCAUCCAUCCUCCCCUCAAUAUGGUGCAGUCGUCCUGUCCCCUUUGCAGAAAAGCAUCCCCAAAGAAUGAUGUUUCCACCUCCAUGCUUCACGGUUGGGAUGGUGUUCUUGGGGUUGUACUCAUCCUUCUUCUUCCUCCAAACACGGCGAAUGGAGUUUAGAUCAAAAAGCUCUGUUUUUGUCUCAUCAGGCCAAAUGACCUUCUCCCAUUCCUCCUCUGGAUCAUCCAGAUGGUCAUUGAAGUUGAAGUUGAAGUGUACCUAUGAUAAAAAUUACAGACCUCUACAUGCUUUGUAAGUAGGAAAACCUGCAAAAUCGGCAGUGUAUCAAAUACUUGUUCUCCCCACUGUAUGAGUUAAUGUAGUACUUUAAUACAAUCUGGCAUAUUCAGCCUUGUUUGCAUCCUGACGGAACCCUCCCUCCCCCUCCAUCCACCCACGCUCCCUCCCCUACCUACAUCUGUAAGAGCUCCAUAAUUCAACAACACAUUAUUAAUACACAUGCACUCUUUAUGAUUUAUCCCCUCUUUCUGUCCGCUGCCUUGUAUAAGUGGGGAUGUACAAAUCUAUCGGCAGUGUUUGGGGUGGAAGGAGAGGAAGAUCUCUCCAAGAACUGGUUUAACGUUGGCUUUGUAGAAGUGUUCGUAAGCGGAAUGGGGAGCGUCCUUGGUUGGUGGGGAGACCGGGCUUCUCAGACUGAACACACCUGCAUUUUUAAACAUCAAAUCAUCUGCCAAAUCCAUGCUGAGGCUGAGAAGCAAGAGAGAUAUGAAGACUGUUAUACAAGUGGACCUUCAUGUCUAUAAGAAUGUUAUUUACUCACCAUGACCCUUUGUCCGUUUUCGUUGGUGAUUUAUCUGUCUAUUAUUCUGAUCUUUGGAAUAGUCAGGUGUGCAGAUAGAUGGCAGUUUUGUGGCAGUGCGAUAGUGGAUCAAUAAGAAGAUGCAGGGACAAGUGGCAGCAUUGUAGCCUGGGUACGAGUCUGUUUGUGCCAUCAUGCCACUCCUUUCCACUCCUUGUCAUGCAAAAAAUAAUAGCACAAAUAGACUGGUACCCAGGCUAGCAGCAUUGUGAAUGGAUGACAUGACUGUGUGGUGUCUCCUGUUUGUCUGUCCCUCUCUAUCUCUCAGUGGUUCAGUGGUUCCCCUGCUGUAGGUGUGUACAACGACCCGCGCUGCGCUCUGGAGAUACUCAAGAAGACCACUGCCUGAAGAGAAGCCUCUUUGGACUGAUUGCUGUGCAACUCAUCCAUCACAGCUGGAAACAGUCCACUCCAGGUGUGUGUGUGUGUGUGUGUGUGUGUGUGUGUGUGUGCAUGCGUGCCUAUGCAUAUGUCUUUCCCAAUGUGUGCGCAUGGGUGAGUGUGUGUAUAGUGUAUUUCCACAACACACCCCAUCUCCCCCACACCUCUCAAACAUGCCCUGUUACUCACAUUGCUGACCCAGUGUGUGUUUAUGUAAUUUACGGCCUGAUGUUUUAUGGCUGAUGCAUGGUGACAGUACACCAUCUAGAAAUACUGCCGUUUGCCAAGUGCAUAAAUGUCCGGCAUAAAUUGGUGGCUAAAGGUAGUUUCAGUGAUGACUGAAACGUCAAUACGUGUGAAGUAGAGCUUUUAUGUAUUGCGUUUUAGUGUUUGUGUGUGUACAGAGAGAGAUGUAAUGUAUCGAGGUAGGCGUGGGGUAUCGAACAGAGUAAUUCCCCCACAUUUAUCCAUUUACAGCCCAUCUUACACACACAUAAACACACUCCCCACCCCACCCAGUGUUAAUGCUCUGUUGUGCUCCACUCCCACCUCAGGUCCUGGUGCUUAUAAUAUGUUUAACUAUGGCCUGACCCAGGAUAGCAUGAAAAAGGUUUACCUAGAGAGCACCAGGAAGGGAAAAUUCAGCUCGACAGCCCAACGCCGUCCCGUAUUCCACAACAAGGAGGAGGUAAACAUCCCUGGGCCUGUGCAGGACAAGGUAGGGCUUUCUCUACGCACCGCUAGAAAGACACCAUAUGAUACGAUACAAUAUAGUUUAUUUUCCAUUUACAUGGAAAUUCAUUAUGUGAAGUCAGAAUACAAAUACACAAAAACAAUGCACUAUAAUACGUGCCGUAAGGAAAAACAUUGGAAAGUCAGUACAAACAUCACUGCCUCUGCGGCAUACUGUCUGGCAAUGUAUUGGGCCCACAUCUGUCCCAUGUCAAACAAGGCCAUUAUCUGAUUUGUAGAGUGCUAGAACCAUGCAAUGAUUACAGAGCUCAGCACACUCCCAUCUCCCUGUGUGUGUUUGUGUUUGUGUUUGUUUUUGUGUUUGUGUUUGUGUGUGUGUGUGGACAGGUGGAGAAGAAGACGGAGGAUCUGUACAAGUGCAGCGUUUAUGUUGGCCACAGAACGACUGACACACACACAUCACACACACGCAUGCAAGCACGCACGCGCGCACACACACACACACACACCCACACUGUGGUACAGCUUUUUAGCACAUACAUCUACUUAGCAUGCAAACUAAGGAGUAUCAACAACAUAAAGUCAGAAAGCUAUCUUUCACGAGAGAUACUUCCCUUCCCUCAGAACAGUAUUUUCUAGUCUGCUGAGGAAGAUGUCUCAAUUACAAAUUGCUUGUGGAACAGAUGUGCCUGCCUGUAAACACACAGGAACUCAGUGGUAGUAAUAAGCUGGGGUUUAAGUUGGCCUCUAUAAAUAGGCCAUCUCAGCUGGCAGUAUCUGUCCAAGGGUGUCCCGAGGCUAAGCAAGAGCACGCCACUCCCUCCGUGAACACCUCCAAUUUGUUCCAUUCACAACAACGCCUCCCCCAUUCCCCCAUAUUGAUAAAUUCCGGACCAUCAUACAACGAGAAACGUAAUUAAUUUCCCAACAAGUUGCUUCUCUUAUUAAUCACCUUUAACAGCUUUAG